AUGAUUUUGUCAACGACGAGACUUAGCUCCAUGACUGUGCUCCAGUCUCGUCAAUGCUACCAGGGCGCACCGGGCGCUGCGGCAGCUCGAGGACGAUGCACCACUGGAACUUUCCAGUUUGGCGACCUUUUCCAUGACUCCAGUCUCCAGUCCCCAAGCUCUUCCAGUCUCCCGCAGGUGGUGCUUUGGAACAGCUGGAGCAUGUACCGGGAAAAGGGCGGCUUGUUUUCUUUGCUGCUGCUUUUGCACGGAUGUAGGGGCCAGAGAGAAAACGAAGUCCAAGCAAAAGCUGCACCCAGAGAUGUAGUGACAAUGUAG